GAAAAAGAGACGCACGAGAAAAAAGUAAGCAACGUCUGGAGACGUCGCGUCGUAUUCUUGGUUUGACAUCACAUCUGAACGGAGACGCACAGAACCAUGCUUUCAUGAUGAUGGCUGUAGUACAGAUGCCUAACGGGAGCUAUUUGGUUGAAUCGCGAAAGAGGCCUUUGGAAGAACCUAGCGAGCUUCUCGACCUAAAGCGUGAAAAGACUGCUGCCGAAGAACGUAUGGAGAACGGGACAAUCGUUGGAAGUCCUCCUCCUGGACAGCUUUUACUGAAGAUUCUGGUACCGGGAUAUGCAGCAGGUGCAAUCAUUGGGAAAGGAGGCCAAAUCAUCGUUCAGUUGCAGAAAGAAACUGGAGCAAUCAUAAAACUUUCAAAAGCUAAAGAUUUUUAUCCGGGUACGCAGGACCGGGUUGUGUUGAUACAAGGAACAUUCGAAGGCCUAACCAAAGUCCACAACACUAUCAUCGAUAAAGUACACGAUUUCCCUGUGCCCAAAGACCUCACUGCGAUUAUUGGAGAUCGGGCAAAACAGGUCAAAAUAAUUGUCCCCAACACAACCGCCGGACUAGUUAUUGGGAAGGGCGGAGCAACGAUCAAAGCCAUCAUGGAAGAAAGUGGGGCUAAAGUUCAACUGUCACAAAAACCGGACGGUUUGAAUUUGCAGGAAAGAGUAAUUACAUUGAAGGGAGAGAAACUUCAGCUUAUUUCUGCUUCGAAUAUCAUCACAAGCAAAAUUAAGGACGAUCCACAGAGCGCCAGCUGCCCAAAUAUUAGCUAUGCCGGAAUUUCGGGACCGGUGGCAAAUGCUAAUCCAACAGGAUCGCCUUAUGCCACUGCCGCUUAUGCCGAUGUUCAAACAAUCGCUGCCACACCAGCACAGCUGUCCGCCAUGAUUGGACAGCCGGUUGUUUCAGGGCUUCAAGCGAUUCCAUUUGCUGCUUCUCCAUCACAUAUAGUACACGGACAUCCUUUACAGCAAUCUCAAGUUGCCACAGCUUCGACACCAGGAGAAAUCGCUGCUUUCAAUGCAACCGUUAACACAUUAGCCAAUUACGGAUACAGUGUUGGUGCCGGCAACGCAUACGGACAUCAUCUUGGUUUGACGCAUAGCGUCAUUCCCGCUGGAUCGGCGGCAUUGAGUCCAGCAAACGCGCAGCUGCUUACGACUGGAAUGCCAACCGUCGGCGAGGCCGCAGGAUACCCCGCCACAGCAGCAGCUGCGCCAGUAGUGUUGUCUAAUAAUUAUCUGGCUAACAUGGCUUCAGCAGGAUAUUUUACUGGCCACCAAUUUCUAUCAACCAAUGCUGGGGCAGUUCAAAGCGGUAGCAGCAUACCUACUUCAACUAUAAGCAUGUCACCUUCUCCGGUUCCCGCUACGGCGAUGCAAGUACAAAGCGUAAGCCCUCAUGCUGCAGGCCUUUUGAGUGUAGAGAAAUCGACAGACGGCCUCAAAGAAACUAUAGACCUUUCUGUGCCGGAAUCUUUAGUCGGAGCCAUACUCGGUAAAGGAGGUAAGACCUUAGUCGAGUACCAAGAAAUAUCCGGAACCCGUAUUCAAAUUUCAAAGAAGGGUGAGUACGUGCCGGGUACCCGUAAUCGAAGGGUGUCGAUAUCCGGCAAACCUCCGGGACCACAGACCGCUCAAUUUCUUAUUACACAACGUCUUAUGACGGUCCAAACGGCUAGAGCACAACAGGCUCAAGUGUUAUAAAAAAUAGGCAAGUAUGGACGCUGAUACAGAUGUAAGUUAUAAACAUAUUGAACAUUUCUACAUACCUUAUACAGUCAUUACAUGUCUGGGAAGCUCUUUUCAAACAUGGAGAAGCAUGAAAAUUUAUGGAAUAAUAUUUGAUCUGGUAGGAUCAUGUUAAUUAGACUUUUAGUAGAUUUUUUGGCGUUUACUUCAAAUAAAUUCCAAAUUAUUGAACUCCUCUUGAGGCAAUGUGAAUCAUAUAGUCUUCAGUAAAAAAAUUGUAGCCUUUUACUUUACGCUUAAAUUCAGUGUUCCUCAUAAUUUUUAUUUCGCUUUUUUCCAUGACAUGACAAAUCCUAUUUAAUAUUAUUUUUUUUUUCCUGACGGACUCGUACACAUCGUCAGUGUUGAUAAUGCGUCGUUUGCUGCCUUGGCGUCAUUACGUUACGUACUCAUUGGGCGUAAAUUUCUAAAAAUAAUGUUUUGAAUAAGUUUUUAUUUGAUUCGAAUUUGAACUUUUUUUCGGCGUCAUUUAUUUAUUUUAUUGUUAUUCCGUUAAAGUCUUUUUUCAAACAAUUUUAUAUUGCAUAUGUUGCAGGCUAAUGUGCCAUUUCGUCGUUCGUGUUCGCUAUUUCAAAUAUAUUUGGAGGACUGAAAAUUUAAUCACUCUAUCCGCAAUUGUAAAUUGAAAGUUUUGAUUGCAGCAAAAAUCGCUUUUUUUCCGGAAUAGCAUAUAUUAUGGAUAAUAUUUUUUUUUUAUCAAAAAUAUAAUAUUUGUAAUCAUUCUGUUAAGCUAUGAGGCAACGUGCAGAUUUAUAGUAGUCCAUAUUUACCAAUUUUUUUUUUGAGCCUUUGUUAUUUCAAAAUUCAAACUGCAGCGCAACAGUAUUAUUGCUUUAUCAUAAAAAGUACAGCGCCCAAAAACUCAUUAAAACUCUUCUGCCUUUAUAUUGAACAUACUCUCCUCCUUCACAAAGAAAACCAGGUUUUAAUGAAUGCAGCGAACGAUGUUCGCUUUUCAUUAUGAAGUGCGAUGGUGUUUGCUGACACAUAUAUGUUUGCGAAUGCUUUGAAAUAUUUUUAAAUAUAGUCCGUUUUAGUUUUAUUACCCGUUCUGAAGUUAUUGUGGCGUGAGGUGGUAGUAGCAAUGUAGAAUGACGUCUAGAUUGAACUAUCGUUCUUCGAUAGCAGCAAACUAAAAAUAUUUUUAUUCUUUUUUUCUCUCUUAUACAGACCAUGGCAGAUUUUGGGGCCUCUCAUUUGUCAGUAAUGUUCAUUCAUUACCUAGCAAAUAUGUAUAUAAUCACAAUAAAAACAACUGAAAUCCAGUUGUUUUAUGGCUUCAUUUGACACAAGUUGUAAAUCAAUUCACUAAACCGUCGUUUCAUCUAGUUAGAAAUAUCGCUUCUAAGCAUAGGCCAUAUAUGGAUCGCCGAAUCAAUAGGUUGAACUAGAUUGUGCAUAUUUUGGAAGGCAAAAUUCGAUUGGAAAUUUUGAAACGAGGUGAUCAUAAUAUGACCUGUGAAUAUAUCCGCAAGAAAACAUCUUUUUCCAAUCGAGUCAAUUCCAAUGAUUGGUCAUUCAAUGUACAUGAGCAUUGCGUUUGGAAGCUUUACUGACGCCACGAAGUCGCCGAACGCGGGUCAUAGCCAUUCGUUCGUUCGUGGAAAGCAGUGUAACUGCAUCAGAGCACUCAUUAAUUUCUGUAAUAUUGUUAAUUGCACUAGCGUUAUUUUUUCUGCUUUCACGGCAAUCUUAUCAAAAAUGCCAUAGGCAAACUGAUAUUUUAACAUGCCAAUCAUAAUUUUGCGCUUCCAAAACUUUCGUACAAAAAUAGGUAUUCUGGAUUUACGCUUGUCAUCUGUGAUAAAAUACAUACAUGUUUUAUUUAUACGCCCAUAUUUACCAUUCAUUUGACUAAACUUAUCGAAUAACAUGGCUCAAACUCUCAGCGCAGUAUUUCAUUUAUCUGCUUCACAAAACAGCAGCGUCUCCUGCUCGUUUCAUCUAAAAUAUGAGUGAAAAAAUGAAAACGCAUUUCAUGUUAAAUUCCAGAAAAGUGAGUACCGCAUAUGCUUUUGCCGCGGAUUCAAAUUCCGAUUAUUCACCAAUCAUGGUCUUUCUCUUCUGCAGCACGUCGUAAAAGCUCUUGUGUUCUCCUCUUCCUACUCAUCCUGCAAUCAUCGUCAUCCACAAGCUUCCUGUGAUGAUCAUCAGUCAAUGGAUCACACACAUUCGCACACUAACACCAUCAAUACGAGAUUUCACACCAUGUUGGCUUUUUUUUUAAUUAUCCCUUGAGGUGACAAUCUUGCAUUUUUGCUGAGAUCAAUUUCUAAAUCUUUCGAAAACAAUUUCGUGUCAAUAUUUUGAUUUUUUCUUUUUUGCGUUCAUUCACCCAACAAACUAAACAUAACAUGGUUUUGUCAUCACCACCAAAUUGACUGAUAUAUCUACUGGGUGGCGUUUAGUCCACCUUUGUAAUUAUGAUCAUUUUGUUACAAAAUGAAUGGAAUUAAUUGUUCGUUAUAUCCAUCCAUGGUGUCAUUUCAUAAGCUAGCGUUCUAGCUGUUGUCGUUACUCAAAAUCACAAAAAAUGAUCAAGAAUCUUUCCAAUUAAUUACUAAAGCAACAAAAUGGUUCAGUCACAUUAUCACUUUCACAUCUGGGCAUUCACGAAAUUUGACAAAAGAAACAGGUUCAAUGAUUAUAACAAAUAAAUCCGCAUAAAGAAGGACUGUGAUGUUGAGAUGAUCAUCAGAAGCUCGUGGAUGACAAUGUGACGUAAGGGUGAGUGGAUAUUUUUUUUAAAUAAACUAAUUUGGAAUGUCUACUUUGCUUUAGUUUUAUUGUUCUAUAUAAAUGAACACAACUAAAACAAAUACUAUUCUUUUCGCAACUUUGCUAUAUCCUUCAUUCCGUAAAACAACCCGAAAAUAUAACAUUUUGAAUCCGCCUGCUUUCUUCAUACGUUGGUGCCUUUAUUUGUUAUAGUUUAUUUAAAAGCAUUGAUUGUUUAAAGACACACAGAUGUUUUCCAUUACACAAUUGUCUUCCUCAAAAUCUUGUUGAGAUUCUUAAACGAAAGUAAAAUAAAUUUAAGAUGAUAUUUGUCUUUGGGUCAUGUUUCGUUAGGGAAUCCUGACAAAAAGCGCUCCACUUACAUGAAUCUAUUUUUCUGUUGUGAUAUCUGUACCACGGAGUGAAGCGAGUGCAAAUUGUUAUUGGAUGUAUUAUAUAUUUUUUUAUACUUUGUUGUUGAACAAAUAUUGAUGAAAAUAAUAAUAUUGCAAAUAAAAUUAAAACAGCAUGAAUAUAUUGUCUGGUUCGUUAGCUUCAAAUACGAAGGGGAUAUAUUAUUGGUUUCAGAUAUUGGUAUAGCCUAUAUUGUUGUUUUUCAUUCACUUUCAUUCUCAUGAUUUUGUUUGUUCAUUGCCAAGAAAACAUGUUCAUUCUUCACUAAUUACACAAUAGUAAUUGCUCGUAUUUUCUUUUUCAUGCCAUAGUUUUUUUUUUGAAAAUGUAACUUCCAUUUUACUCAUCACUCUUUUGCCAUUACGUUUAUUUACAGAUCCAAAUUUGAAAAAAUUAUAAUUUUCGAUUUUUUGAUUUAAAAUGCCUAUAAAAACAAGACUAACACAAGUUAAAGUGUGUAUGCUGAAUUAUGGCACCACAUUAAUCAAAACUUCAGGUAUAAUAAUCUGCGGUAUAGUAACUACUGCUCGCUCAAUAAUUUUCUGGAUACUUUCACGUUUCUAUCUCCUAAAAUUACUAACAUAUUACCGAGUGAUAAAAAACUAUCAUGUCGACAUUCCUUUUCAAAUAUUGUUGUUUGUUUUUUAUCUUUUCUUUGUACUCAUCUAGUAUAUACGUUUUGAUUCGUUAAAUUUGAAUGAUCUGAUUUUAAUCAUUCAUAAGUAUAUGUUGCACAUUCUAAUUCUGUACAGAUAAUUGAUAUUUUGUCAUUUUACAUGUUUAUUUUAUAAAAUGUCAACAUUCACCAAUUCCCAUUGUUAUCAUGCACGCUACACUCAGAAACGAACUGUUCGUAAUCCAUUCAUCAUACAGGAAUAUAUAUUUGGAAUUCUAUCGAUUAAAAAUUAUACUGAAACCAUUUCUGAACGGCAGCGUACGCUAGUUAAAGUUUUUUGCGGUCAAAAUUACCAGCUUGUUCAACUGCCAUGAGUCUCAAUCGAUUGAUUCCAACAUUUGAACCCUUGUCUAUUUGAUACGUUUCUUCAGAAAACGCGCCGAUAUGUCAGAUGGAUCGGUGUCAUUGAAAUUUAUCUGCUUCAUACAAAAUGUUCGCACUAUUCCCAUUGCAAUUGUGUUAAUGUUCUUAUUAUAUUUUUUAUUGUUAAUAUCAUUAUGAAUAUUUUUAUUGCAUUUCUGUCUUCCAAUUUUCGACUUCAAUUAUUACGCAAAGCCUCUCAAAAAGAUCCCAAACAAAGUAAGAUUCAAUUGCGAUACGGAGAUGGCGCGAAAGGUUCAAGUCGUUCAUCUUGAAAUCUGAUACAAAAAAGCUAAUUUUCUACGAAUUACACCACGAAGAAAAAUCAUUAUCUUCUCUAGAUUAGAUGAAUCACAUGAAUCGCUUAAUUGCUCAUUUGUUUCAUCGAUUGUUCAUAAUUUUUCAUGUCAUGUCAUUUGAUUGAUAAUUUAGCAUUUAAACUAACAUUGUUUCGUUCUUUGCUCAGUCAUCCAUUAUCCAAGUCUUCGAAAUAUAGUUCGUGUGGAAGGUCCAUUUAUUAUAGUCGGGUUAAUUAAUCAGUCCCAGUUUAUAUAAACUUCCGCGUACUUUACGACUAGUUAUCCUAAAAAUACACUUCUCAAAAAGGACCAAGCAAAGCAUAAAAAAGGUUGUUUUCUGGUUACGAAACUUUUGUCUUAGUUGUUCUCUCUUUGUGUCAUAAUUUUGGUAUAUUAUUAAAAGGCAAGGUCAUGGUUGAGCAUACCGCUUGACAUUGCCAUAUUUACAACAUAAGUGUUCCGUUAGCAUUUUCUUUAUCAUCUCUAAAAGAGUGAUUCGUAGAUGUAAUCGUCAAUAUUAAUAUUACAUAUUAGAAUCAAAUAAAUGUAAAAAAUCA